UUUCCGACGGCUCAGUGUAGGCUGCCCCAUGGUGCGAAUGGGCCACGGGAGGGGUUCAAAGGUUGGAGACCCAGUACGAAAAUGAGCCUCUUUGAUCUCUUCCGUGGCUUUUUCGGCUUUUCUGGACCUCGAAGACACAAAGAUCCCUUUUUUGGAGGGAUGACUCGAGAUGAAGAUGAGGAUGAUGAGGAAGAGGAAGAAGGAGCCGCAUGGGGCCAUGGGAGCCGGAGAUUUGAUGGUCCCCAACCUCCUGAGGAAUUUGGCUUCAGCUUCAGCUUCAGCCCAGGAGGAGGGAUGCGUUUCUACGAUAACUUCGGCUUCGACGACCUAGUACGGGAUUUCAAUAGCAUCUUCAGCGAAAUGGGGGCCUGGACCUUGCCUUCCCACCCUUCUGAACUUCCAGGUACUGAGUCAGAGACACCUGGUGAGAGACCACGAGAGGGACAGACACUUCGGGACUCAAUGCUUAAGUAUCCAGAUAGUCACCAGCGCAGGAUCUUUGGGGGGGUCUUGGAGAGUGAUGCAAAGACUGAAUCCCCAAAAUCAGCACCAGACUGGGGUUCUCAGAGACCUUUUCAUAGGUUUGAUGAUAUAUGGCCUGUGACCCCACAUCCUAGAGCCAGAGAGGACAAUGAUAUUGAUUCCCAGGUUUCUGAGGAGGGCCUUGGCCCAGUUUUACAGCCUCAACCCAAAUCCUAUUUUAAGAGCAUCUCUGUGACCAAGAUCACUAAGCCAGAUGGGACAGUAGAGGAACGCCAGAUCGUGGUGGACAGCGAAGGCCGGACAGAGACCACAGUAACCCAUCAAGAAGCAGAUGGUUGUCCCAGAGAUGAUCCAGAAUCACCAAGACCUCCAGCCCUGGAUGAUGCCUUUUCCAUCCUGGAUUUAUUCCUAGGACGAUGGUUCCGGUCCCGGUAGCUUUGUUAACCCUCAGAAGCCUUCGGGUGCUUUCCACCUACUGCCCAUUGCCCACCAUAAGUAAGCUUAGAUUCAGUUUGGAUGUGUGAAAGUGUAUUGGGGUAUAUCAGUAUGUCACUCACCCAAACUGACCAAUAAAACCUUUAUUUAUGUUAA